CUAGUGUCCUAGUCCUUCUAUGUCUCUCACUUUCUCACUUUCUCAAUCUCAUUCCUUUAUUCACGCCGGUCUCAUUUUAUAGUUUUUAACACUUUUUUUUUCUUCUUUUUCUCUUCAAUCUAAAACAACAAAGAAAAAACAGAAACCAAAACUUUCCCACUUCAGCUAAGUCCAUUCCAUCACCAUUGAUAGAACUAAACAACAAAAACCAAUUAGCUUUCCAUCGCUUUCUCUCUUCCAUUCCAAAGAAGAAUAGAAAAGAAAAUGUCUGAAUUUUCUAUGGCAAGAGCCAAGAGAAGUGGAUUACCUAGUUUUCUUCUUUCUGACCUCUUCAAGUUUUGUUUCUUUGCUCUCUCACACCCUCUUUACUUCUCUUACUUCAUCUUCUUCUCACCAUAUCUCUUCAAGAUUUUUUCUUUUCUUUCUCCACUUUUCAUCACCACAACUCUUCUCCUUCUUGCUUUCCUCACUACUCUCUCUCCUGGUUUUGUCCAAGAAAAUGAUGGUGCUGAUGAUUUGUCUGAACACAAGGCUGGUUUUCUCACUUUCACUUACCAAGCUGUCUUGGAGAGAUUGAGUUCUAAAGUGGAUGACAAUGAAGAAGAAUUUCAGCAUUUUGAGGAGCUUGAUGAGGUUUUCAAAAUUGUGUUCGAGACAUCUACAUUGGAAAGUGUUGGAGAAAACCCUGCUGAUCUUUUGGAGGAGGUUGUGAAAGAAACUUGCUUGGAGGCCUAUGAAACUCCGGUGGACAAGUGUUCAAUUCUCGAGUUAAACAAAGAAGAUGAAGAAGAAGAAGAAGAUCGUUAUGUCGAUUUCGAGAAAACCCCAGUUGAGAUUACUCAGAAGGAGUUGGUGAAAUGGUGUUUGGAAGAAGAGAAAGAGUUGGAAAAAUUUUCAUACAAAAAUGAAGACAAAGAAGUCAAGCCUUGGAGGGGUGUUGAGUCAGAUAAAGUUGAUCCAAAACCAGAAGAAAAAGAAGAUGAAGAAGAAGAAGAUCGUUAUGUCGAUUUCGAGAAAACCCCAGUUGAGAUUACUCAGAAGGAGAUGGUGGAGCCAACUAUGGGAGUAGAGACUACACUGAAAUGGUGUUUGGAAGAAGAGACAGAGUUGGAAAAAUUGUCAUACAAAAAUGAAGACAAAGAAGUCAAUCCUUGGGGUGUUGAGUCAGAUAAAGUUGAUCCAAAACCAGAAGAAAAAGAAGAACAGUUCACAAGAAACGAAUCCAAGAACAUAAGUACUGCUACUGCUAACAACUAUUUUGCAGGUCCUGACCAUGAUUUUGAUGAUCAAAACUCAUUGAAAACUAAUGUGGAGGAAGAGGAUUCUCAAACAUUGGCUACCAAUCUUGGAAGUUUUGGUUCAUUGAGGAGAGAAAAAGAGUGGAGAAGAACUUUGGCUUGUAAACUCUUUGAGGAGAGACACAAUGUGGAUGGAGGAGGGGAAGGCAUGGACAUGCUUUGGGAGACAUAUGAGGCUGAAUCAGACAAGAAAAUUCAGGCCAAGAACAGCAUAGUAAAGAAGCAUGGAAAGAAAGGUGUGCUUGAGUACAGUGAUGAUGAUGAUGAUGAUGAGUAUGAAGAUGAGACAGAUGGGCCAUUAUGCUGUUUACAGGCCUUGAAAUUCUCAGCAGGGAAGAUGAAUUUAGGCAUGGGAAGGCCUAAUCUUGUCAAGAUCUCCAAGGCAUUGAAAGGAAUGGGAUGGCUCACCAGGCAUGGCAAGAAGAAGAGCAAUUGAGUCAAAUUUUUUCUUUUUUUCUUUCUUUCUUUUUUUUUUUCUUUCCCUUUUUUCUUUCUCUUUUUCUUUUGUUAUGUUUAAAGCAGAUAAAUGGCAUAGCAAAAUGUGUAUCUUGGUUGAAGAUUAUGAGUAAAUAUGUCUCUUUAAAUUUA